GCUGUCACGGCGCUGGUGGCGUUUAUGGUGCCAGCCAGGUCCCAGGUGAUGUUUUCUUUGAGAAUAGAAAAGAGCAGGGAAGGGAAGGAGAUGUUAGGAGUAGCGGCGGUGGAUCACGCCUUCCAUUCUUCUCAUCCCUUUCACCCCCAUCACACUUCCUUCUUCUCCUCCUUCCUACCCAAUCGCCUUCCCUUUAUUUCCUCCUCCUCCGCAUCUCAUGGAAGAACCCUCUCUCUCAGUCGCCCUACCAACUCCUCUCUCCGCGCCAAUUCGACCUCGGUCGUGCUUCCGGAGGGGGAAGAGGACGGCUUUGAAAUUGAGGUGGAGAAUGUCGGAGAACACAAGAAUCGUAGGAGGAGGAUUCAGUCCAGGAUCCGUGUUAACGCCGAGUUGGACACUGUGUGGAGCGUCUUGACGGACUACGAGGGCCUCGCUGGUUUCAUCCCCAGCUUGGCCGUCAGCCAACUGCUCGACAAAAAGGACAAGUUUGCGCGACUUUUUCAGGUUGGCCAACAAGAUUUGGUCUUCGGCCUAAAAUUUAAUGCGAAGGGCGUUCUAGACUGUUAUGAGAGAGAUCUGAAAAAUUUACCUAAUUCUCGGAAGAGGGACAUCGAUUUCAGGAUGAUUGAAGGUGAUUUCGAGAUAUUCGAAGGCAAGUGGUCCAUUGAACAGACUGACUACCCCAUUGGCAGCGACCCUCAGAGUUUUGUAGAUGAAGAAUUCCAAACAAUAUUGUCUUACUUUGUGGAGCUUGUUCCCAAGCUUUGGUUGCCUAUUCGUCUAAUUGAAGGGAGAGUUUGUAAAGAAGUGAAAACUAAUCUUCUAUGUGUCCGAGAACAAGCUCAAAGAGUUCAAAGAUUGAAAGGCGAAAUGCAUGACACCUGUAUCAGCAAUCAAACCCCCAAGCAUGAUUUACUCCUACUGCUGUCCAGAUUAGAAACUCCAUGAUCAAAUACUAAAUUCACAACCAAUUCAAUGAGAUUCCAGAAUUAAGACUGAUUCCCUGAUUCAUGUACGUCGUUUCAUGUGCUUCAAGGACCUCAUAGAAGGACUGAAUCUAAUUCAGAUUUCUGGCACUAAAAAGGUCCAUAGCAAUGCAGAUUCAGAUUCUGUUAAAUCUCAAGUUUUGAAACUGAAUUACACUUCCGAACUUGUUUUUCUGAAUUCAUGUUCAGAUUCAAUCAUGCCAUUCAGGACUCAAUUAUGAAUUCAAUGAUGGUUCAAGGAAACAAUUGUGCUAUUUCCAUCAUCCUGCUCCCUUAAAAUUCUUGAAAGCUGGAGACAAAUUAACAGGAUGAUCAGUACAUCAUCAGCAACUUCUGAAAUCUUAAUUCUCAGAUUUCAACUUCAGACUCAAUUCCAGCUCAUUGAAUUUCCAGCGUCAACAACAAAAUUCGAAUUCAGAUUUAAACUUGAAGUCUUUCAGCAAUACAAAUUCCAGCAUUCUUCAUAAUUUACAAACAUUUGUAUGAAUCCUGAGUUGAGACUUUUGAAUUCUUUCACAGUAGCAAUGUUCAGACAUCAAUUCCUGAAAUCAGAUUGUAUAAUCUGUUUCGUGCACAGUUGGAAAAUCAAUACUAAAACAACAUCCGGAUUUCAAUGUUUCCAUGAAUGGAUGGCUUUGAACUCUAUUCCAUGCAUCAAUGUGCAGAUUUCUGCAUUUUCCUACACAAUUCUUGACUUUGUAUCAACUAGUAAUCUUGAAGCCACUAAAAAUCCCCAUCAUUCUUCAUCUAACUUCUAAAGAUCUUAAUAAAUGCAUACUUGAAAGCUUCACAGGUUUCGGCAGCUCCAACUCAUCUCAAUCCUCUUCCCAAAUUGGCACAGUUUAUCACCACUUUAUCCUGCAAAAUCUGCACUUCCAUGUUGCUACUUCUCUAUGUUCAUUUCUAUCCUUUGCAGCCUUUUGUUCUGUGAAUAUCAGAACUGAAAUUAAGCUCUGAUAUCUAAUUUAUCACUGCUUCAGUAUCAGAAAGCUGCCAAUAUUCAGUUAAAGAAUUCCGGAAUAGGUUGGCACAAGUUUUACUCAUCAAGAGCAGGAUAACAUAAGACUAAGUAUUCCUGCAUUUCCAUUUUCCAAUCAGAAAUUCUAACUUCUAAACACACCAGAGCUUAUGAAUCAAUAACAAAAUGACUUCAUGGAACAGAUCCUUGAUGUAGAGUUUCAACCAGAGAAUAUGGAUCUUCAGCAUUCCCUUUGUUUAACAGUUUGGCACGCCCCUUGUGCCACUGUUUUCUUUUCCUGAAUUCUAACAGCCUACCAGCUUCUCUAUUUUAUCUUGCAAGAAUACCAUUUGCUACUCCACUAUUUCCACACUAACUGAAUUUGUUCCCCACCUAUUUCUGCAACUUCUUAAGCUUCCAUUCCUGAACAUCAUGAGUGGUCUGAUUUGAGCUUGUUUCUGCAGUGGCACAUCUUAACUACAAAAGUUUCAACUCAAUUCCCUUAGCAAAUUCCCUGUUUUCAUCAGCUUUUUAUUUUCAGGUAAAGAGCAGCACCAAUUCUCUGUUUUAAAAUAAUUCCAUCAACUUUAUACAAAAAUUUUCAGCACUCCAGUAUAUUACAGGUUUUGAAGAAAAAUUGCAAGAACACCAAGUACAAACUUAGACUCUUCAU